UCGGACCGGGCGGCGGCGGCAGUGGCGGCGGGGCCAUGCGCGGCGGGAGCGCCGGGGGGUCAGCUCGGGAGCCGCCUGCCCGGGGCCGCUGGGCCCCGCUCGGGCUGCGGGAGGGCGAUGGGGCCGCGGGCGCGGCGGCUGCUCCUCGCCGCGGCGCUGCUGCUCGCCGCCAGUACCGGAGUCAGCUGGAGCGGAGCAGGUGACAGCUCCCCACAGCACCACGCAGAACUGGGACACUCCUGGCAGGUGACCCCGCAGGUCCUGCAGGGUGACCACACACUCAGCCUGGCACAGGUGACUCAGGGGGGGUUCCCCAGCCAGCUGCGGGUGCUGCUGGAGCUGGAGGGGACGCAGCUGGUGCUGGAGCUGGAGCAAAACUGGGAGCUGGUGCUGGGCACCGGGGCACUGCUCUACUAUCUGCCCAACGGCACGAGGGUGACGCAGGAGGCCAGCAAGCAGGAGCACUGCUGCUACCGGGGGACGGUGCAGGGCUUUCCGAGCUCCUGGGCCAGCCUCUGCGCCUGCGCCGGACUCAGUGGCCAUAUUUGGCUGUCAGAGACCAGGAGCUAUGGGCUGGAGCCAGAUGCCAGCGGCCCCCCAGGGCAGCACAUCGCCUACCAGCCGCGGGAGGUCUGGUUGGCACCACGGGCCUGUGGGCAGGGCCCCCCAGGGCCCCCCGUGGCAGAGGAGACAGAGCUGCCUUGGCCACAGAGGGGCAAGCGGGCACUGGCAGAGCAGAGGUUCGUGGAGCUGGUGAUGGUGGUGGACCACGCUGCGGCCCAGAAUUACCCUGACCUGCAUCGCGUCCGCACCCGGACCCUGGAAAUUGCCAACCAGGUGGAUGCGUUCUUCCAGCCGCUGGGAGUGCGGGUGGCCUUGCUGGCAGUGGAGGUGUGGAGCGAGGCAGACCUCUUCCCGGUGGGUGGCAGUGCCAGGGCUACGCUGGAGCGGUUCCUGCGCUGGCGCCAGGAGGAGCUGCUGCCCAGGCUGCCCCAUGACAAUGCCCAGCUCCUCACGGGUGUCCGCUUCGAUGACGUCCUAGUGGGGAUGUCCACCCAAGCCUCCAUGUGCUCCUCCAACCGCUCCGGGGCAGUCAGCAUGGACCACUCGAUCAGCGUCCUGGUCGUCGCCUCCACCGUGGCACAUCAGCUGGGGCACAACCUGGGCAUGCGGCACGACGGUGCCAGGCGCUCCUGCGACUGCAGCGACCUCCGGCAGGACCGCGGCUGCAUCAUGGCAUCGCCCACGGGGCUGACUCCCGGCUUGAGCUUCAGCAACUGCAGCCAGCAGGACCUGGAGCGCAGCCUGCGCCAGGGGCUGGGCUGGUGCCUCUCCAACGUGCCCGCGCCCCGGAGCCUGGCAGGGACCCCCCGCUGCGGGAACCACUUCCUGGAGCCAGGAGAGGGCUGUGACUGUGGCCUCAGCAUGGAGUGCACCGAUCCCUGCUGCAACAGCAGCAGCUGCCAGCUGAUGCCCGGCGCCCAGUGCACCGCGGGGGACGCCUGCUGCCAGGACUGCCAGCUGCGCCCCGCCGGGCACCGCUGCCGGGACCCCCUGGGCGAGUGUGACCUGCCCGAGUUCUGCGAUGGGCUCUCGCCCCUGUGCCCACCUGACAGCUUCCUGCAGGACGGGCAGCCCUGUGCCAGCGGGCAGGCCCUCUGCUACGGCGGCGCCUGUGCCACCUACGAAGGGCAGUGCCAGCAGCUGCUGGGGCCAGGUGCUGGCCCUGUCUCCAGCUCCUGCAUGGCAUCGCUGAACGGGCACGGGGAUGAGCGUGGGCACUGCGGGCAGCUCCCCAAUGGCUCCUACGUUGCCUGCACCCAGCAGGACGCUGGCUGCGGGAUGCUGCAGUGCCAACGUGCCAAUGCACGUGGGUACACGCCAGAAGGGUCCUGCCAAGGGACCCCUCUGCCCUGGGACAAGGAUGUGAGUGAUGCAUCUAUGGUGUUGCCUGGCACCGCCUGUGGCCCUGGCAAGGUGUGCCUCCAGCACCGGUGCCAGGAUGUCUCUGCCCUGGGUGACCAGCAGUGCCACAGCAAAUGCCACGGGCAUGGGGUGUGCAACAACCACGGGCACUGCCACUGUGAGCAGGGCUGGGCACCCCCGACCUGCGAGAGCCCUGGCGCGGGGGGCAGCCAGGACAGCGGCCCUGCUGCCCUGGAGCGAGCGGGCAGCGCCCUGCCCACCGCCUUGCUGCUGAGUGCCCUGCUGGGGCUGGCCCUGGUGCUGGGGCUGGGCUGUGCCCGCCGGGCUGGGCUGCACAAACGCCUCUGCCAGCUCAGCAAGAGGACCUCCUGCCAGUACAGCGCUGAGCCCCAGGUGCCAUUCCUGGGUCCAGAACCCCCAGACGGCCGGAGAGGGAUCUCCCAACCGGAGCCCAGGUCGGGCAGCCAGGGCCCCCCCGAGCGGCCCCGGCCCCCGCAGUGGCGCCAGGCCACGGAGCUGCAGCCCAUGCACCGCAGCAAGCCGGCUGCCCUCAGCUCAGCCCGGCCCGACCCACCCUGCCGGCCCCUCCCGCCGGACCCUGCUCCCAAGGCUGCCCCCCCGGACAGGCCGCCCCCCCCCACACGCCCGCUGCCCGCGGACCCCAUGGUGCCAGGCACUCAGCCCCCAGGUCUGGCCAAGCCUCCCCCACCCCAGCGGCCGCUGCCCUUGCACCCCCUGGGACCUUCGCAGAGCCACAGCGAGACCCCCCCUGGACACUCCUACGUCACGGUGAUCCCCUCCAGGCCGCCGCCGCCGCCGCCCGAGGAGGCCCCGCGGGAGGCCUGAGCCGCGGGCCCGGCGCCGCCGCCGCAGCCG